AAAACUCCGGUUAAAGUGAUAAGUUCAUAGUGACAUUGAUUCUAACUAUAAACAUAUUACAUGUUAAACAAAAUACUGCAAUUAAAGUUCUUUACAUUGAAAAUAUGGCAAGCUGGACGCUUUUCCUUGGAAUGCUGUGUUUUGUGUCAGUCCAAAAAUAUGUGAAAGCGGACAAGAUAGCAACUUUGGGUAAGCAAAUACAAGACAAGCUGAACAAGUUUGAAAAGGAGAUCCCAAAAAGUUCGGGUGAUAAGGAAUGUAAGGAAGGAGCGAAAAUUCACGCGGAUUCGUUGAAAAGGGAAGUAGAUCAGUGUAUUAAAACAAAGCAAACUGAUCUGAAAGCCAGAUGUCAAAAGGAACUGAACAAAUAUUCGGCUGAGAUAAACACCCUUACUGAAAUUUUACAUGGAGGUUGCAAAAUUCAUUGACGUUGAGUGCCAAAUUUUUAAAUGUGCAAAAUAUCAAAUACUUAUUGUGAAAAUAAAGUAAAAAUGCAAUUGUGACGAUA